GGAGAGAGAGAGUUCGGUAUGUCGAUUCCUGAAGAAGCUGCAGGGGGUGUUAUCGCAUGCCUAGUUUUAAAAAUGUUUGUGUCUGAAUACGACCAAAUAAUGGAGGCGAACAAGCAGAUCUCGGCUCGCCUCUCUUCUGAAACAAACUGCAUUAAAGCUAAGAAAUCUCCUGAGUGAAGACUACGUGGAAGAUAGCGUCGUAUGCAGUUGAAUGUGAUAUGAAUUUCAAAUUGCUACAUGGGCACAAAUGAGAAUGAUAUUUUUGAAUUAAAGCUAUAGCAGGAGCUAGAAUGGCUUUCGUUGCAAAGAAGUGUGGCAUUCAGUUACAGCCUCCAUCUAUUAUUUUAAUCUAUGAAGAUCGGCUCAAGAAUAAUGUACGUAAGCGCAUUAUGCCUGUUCGGAAUUUCUCCAAAUUCUCAGAUUGCAGCAGGGCAGCAGAGCAACUAAAGAAUAACCCUCGACACAAGACUUAUUUGGAAGGAAUCUCAAUGGAACAGUUACAAAAGUUACACUGGUUGCUGAGAGGCCAUUUAGAAGGACAAAGUUUGACUCAGAGUCUAGAGCAAAUACAGCUGAAAGAAACAAUUGACCCUGAGGAGAACCUGAACAAACUUGAUGACAAGGAGCUUGCCAAAAGGAAAAAAAUAAUGGAUGAGCUAUUUGAAAAGAACAGGAAAAAAAAGGAUGACCCUGAUUUUGUCUACAAUGUAGAAGUGGAGUUCCCACAAGAUGAGGAGCUUGAAUCCUGUGGCUGGGAUGCAGAUUCAGAUGAUGAAUUUUGACCCAUAAACAAGCUCUUUGGAUUCAUGGAGACUUGUCUGAUUACAGCGGGAAGGACUGUCCACUUGUCAUGCUGAAAAUGCACUGCUGUAUUGUAGCAACAGAACUUGACUAAUCUUAACAUUCAUUUGUACUAUCAAGAUAGAUUCAUGCUUAUGUCUUUCUCUUUACAUGUUUUACAAGCUGAGAAAAAAGUCUUCUGAGAUGCUAUGUAAAAAUAUAUGAUCGGAGUCAAAGAGGUAUUUACAGACCAUUGGUUAGUUCUUCACACUGGCACACACCCUUUUAAAAUAAAAAUAGUGAAUCUGCCUCAACAGAA